AUGAAUUUUGAGCAACUGCACGCUGCUUGGGCUGUUAUAUGGGGGCUGGAGGUCUCGCCUAAGGUAAGACACUUUCUCUGGCGUUUAGGAACCCAGACUCUGCCAGUGCAGAGUUUUCUUAAACACAGACACCUCAUUGAUGAUGCAACGUGCCCGUGGUGCGGGACAGAAGAAGAGAGUUUGGGGCAUGCCAUCUUUGACUGUGUGCAAGUUCAGGAAUUGUGGGAGGAAAUUGGUUGUGAUAGGCUGACAAAAUGGCACGAGCAUGGAACAAUGUGCGACUUCAUUGAGAGUUGGAAAGGGAUAGACAAGAAGGUGAAACAAAGGGGAGUUGUCCUAGCCUGGGUCAUCUGGUGUGAACGAAACAAUAAGGUUUUCGAAAACAAGGUUACUCCCAAUGCGGUAUUGAUCAACCGUGAGCAACGAAUUGUCGAGGAACAAGGCAAGUACGCAUCCCGUAUCUACAACAGACCGAGCUGUGCUACUCCUAGACGUGCUAACAGAUGGGUAGCACCACCACAAGGUAUAAUGAAGGUAAAUGUGGACGCAUCUCUAGCUGUGGAAGGUUGGGUGUGGAUUGGAGUGAUAGCGAGAGACUGGACGGGCAAGGUUCUGUUUGCAGCCUGUAGGAGAAGUCGAGCUUAUUGGCCUGUGGAAAUAGCGGAGGCAAAAACAGUAGCAAACGCAGUCAAGCUGGGACGCAGGUAUGGGAUCGAGGAGCUGAUCGUGGAAACAGAUUGCCAAUCAACUGUAACCCGCCUCUCCAGAAAUGCAAUACAUGUAUCUGAUCUUGACACAGUACUAGGCGACAUUAUAGCAAUUUGCUCCUAUUUUAAUCCAUUUCUUGGUCUCAUGUAA